AUGGAGUCCUUGGAAAAGAGAUCCAACAAUUCAUUAUAUGGAUACAAUCACCAUAGUCAGUACGAAACCGAAACAAUUGACCAGUAUGGCAUGUAUCGUGAGGACCAAGAUGUGCCAAUGUCGAUGGAGGAAAAAUCGCUUGUCAAAAAAAUUGACUGUUUCUUGAUGCCACUUAUCUGUACUAUUGAUUUUCUGCAGUUCUUAGAUAAAUCGACCAUUAACUACGCUGCUGCAUUAGACUUUAAGCAAGAUUUGAACAUCAAUGGUAGCCAAUACAGCCUUAUUGGGUCCAUCUUCUACCUUGGCUAUUUGUUGUACCAGUUACCUAAUAAUUAUUUGUUGCAACGUAUCCCUGUGGGAAGAUACAUUGGUAUCAUUGUAUUCUUAUGGGGUUCUGUACUAGCUUGCACUGCAGCAGGAACAAACUUUUCCCAGAUUGCCGCAAUGCGUUUUCUGCUGGGAUUCUUUGAAGCCGGUGUUUAUCCUUCUUUGACAUUGCUUGUCAGUACAUUCUACCGCCGCUCCGAGCAAGCUGCUCGUUUGGGUGCAUUUUGGCUCUGUAAUGGCGUAGCGCUUGUAAUUGGUGGUUUGAUUACAUAUGGCAUUGAUCAAAUGGGCAACGCUCGAGGUUUACCUAAAUGGAAGUGGAUCAUGAUUAUUCUUGGGUCCAUUACUGCCUUUAUAGGAAUCUUUAGUUUCUUCUUCUUGAUUGAUAAUCCGAAAUCGCCUGCUCUUCAUCUCAAUGCUGAACAAGAAAUCCUUGUUGAAGAAAGAACAAGAGAUAAUGCUGUUGUACGCACAACGAACAUCAAGAAGAAUCAAAUCAUGGAAGCUCUCAAGGAGGUUCGAUUUUGGUGCUUUUGUUUCUCUUGUUUAUUUAUCAACUUACAAAAUGGUGCCAUGACAACUUAUAAUACGCAAUUUGCCAUGAGUUUUGGAUUCACUGGUCUUGAGUCUGUAUUAUUAAGUGUCGGGGCAGGUGGUGCUGAUAUCAUCUUUAUUGUUGGUGCAAUUUACUGUGUACACAAGACAAAGCAAACCAUCUACACUGCUGUUGGCCUUAUGGUGAUUGAUAUCAUUGGCCUUAUUCUGAUGUUGGUUAUCCCUAUUACCCACGUCAAACUUUUGGGAUUUUACCUCGCAUGGUCCUACUGUGCAGCCUAUGUCUUGCUGGUAACUUCUAUCUCUAACAAUGUGUCAGGAUACACCAAGAAAAUCUUCUACAAUGGUGUGUUGAUGAUCUUUUACACCGUUGGUAAUUUCUGUGGCCCAUUGAUGAUUGUUGAAGAGCAAGCCCCAAAUUACAUUGGAGCGAUGUUGGGCUACAUCUGUGCCAACACCAUUGUCGUUGUUCUUUUACUGGUUGCAAGAUGGAAGAUGGCCACUAUCAACAAGCAGCGAUUGUCAUCCACCACUGUAGUCAUGACGCAUGUCGAAGAUGAUUUAAGCGAUAUACAGGACACUAACUUUUUGUAUCGUUUAUAA